GAGAUCUGCUCCUCUAGCCAAUGCUAUAUAUAGAACGUACCAGGACGAGUAUCAUGCACUUAAUCGAAAUAGCCAUGGCCACUUCUCAAACCUCGUGCACUAUUCUCAACCCUACACCAUACUCCCACAAGUACUCUUCCAAACCCUUUUUUGCUAAGCCAUCCUAUUUUUUCACCAAUGCAAAGCGUUCUAUUGACUUUCAACUUUCAUGCAAAGGUGGCGAAAAGCGGGCCCUAGAAACUUCUCUACGCAAUAAAAUCGACAGAAGAAAUGUGCUUUUCGGGUUCGGUGGCCUCUACAGCGCCGCCAAUCUAGAUUCCGAUCUUCAGCUAGCAUUGGCUGAUCCAUUAAAAGCACCGGAAUUCAGUAAGUGUGGUGUUGCUAAGGAUUUGAACAAGGGAGGGGCAGCUGUAGAUGUGAAUUGUUGCCCUCCGUUGUUCGACAAAAUCAUCGAUUACAAGCUCCCUCAUGCAACGAAAUUGCGAGUUAGACCGGCUGCUCAUAAGGCCAGGAAAGAAUACAUAGCCAAGUAUAAGAAAGCCAUCGAGUUAAUGAAGGCUCUUCCUCCCGAGGAUCCUCGUAGUUUUACUCAACAAGCUAAUAUUCAUUGUGCUUAUUGCAAUGGUGCACAUGAUCAAGCUGGUCACCCUGGAUUGGACAUUCAAGUCCACAAUUCUUGGCUCUUCUUUCCUUUCCAUAGAUGGUAUUUGUACUUUUUCGAAAGAAUCUUGGGAAAAUUGAUUGGGGAUCCCACUUUUGCCUUGCCAUAUUGGAAUUGGGACAAUCCUAAGGGCAUGACUGUACCAUCCAUGUUUAUUGACUCCACUUCGCCAUUAUAUAAUGCAAAGCGCAACUUGGCGAACAUGCCUCCAACCGUCAUCGAUCUAGGCCUCACCGGCACCACUGACGACCUCCAAAAGGUCGUCAACAAUCUCACGAUCAUGUACAGUGAAAUGGUUCGCAGUGUCAACACUGUGGAGGAUUUCAUGGGAAAACCAUACCUAGACGGAAGCACCACCGAUCCCGGGCCGGGGUCGUCUGAGCGUGGCUCUCAUGCCACGGCCCACGUGUUCGUUGGAGAUCCAAAGCAACCCAGUUUUGAAGACAUGGGAAACUUUUACUCGGCGGGUCGAGACCCUCUUUUCUAUUGUCACCAUUCAAAUGUCGAUCGCAUGUGGACGUUGUGGCGAGACCUUAAAACCCCUAUACCUAAAGACAUUACAGAAGCAGAUUUCUUGAAUGCCGAAUUCCUAUUCUACGAUGAGAACGCACAGCUUGUGCGUGUUAGAGUCGGUGAUUCAGUCAAUAAUGCAAACAUGGGAUAUACAUAUGAAAAAAUGGAACUUCCAUGGCUAAACUACAAGCCACCAAAGAAGGCAGCCAAAUCUAAAGUAAAAAAUCUUUCCACUGCUCCAAAUGCGGCUCAUGUCUUUCCUGUUACCCUCAACAAUAUUGUGAGAGUAGAGGUUCCCAAAUCCAGCAAGGGAAAAGCAGAUGAGUUGCUUGUGCUGGAAGACAUUGAAGUUGACCCUUCCAAAUAUAUAAAGUUUGAUGUAUUUGUCAACGACGAAGAUGAUGAGUCUAAGGAAUUGGACAAAGCCGAGUACGCCGGGACCUUCGCCCAGGUGCCACACAAAACUAAGAACAGCAAGGGAAAAUCCUCCAUCAAUUUGAAAUUGACACAGCUUUAUGAUGACAUUGAUGUAGCGGAUGAUGAUACCAUAGUGGUGACAAUUGUGCCAAGAUCUAAUGGCGAUAACAUCACCAUUGGUGGUAUCAAGAUUAUUCCUGCGCCAAUCGCUACAUUUUCUUGAAUGACUGCUUAUUCGUCGAAAUAAAGCCAAUUGAGAACCUUUAUUUUCAUUCUAGUUUGAUUGUUCACUUAUGC